CGCAGUUGAAAAUCUUCCUUUUUUCUAGGAAAGACAUUUGGACAACGUGUUCCUAAAUUUCGACUAGUUUUUAGCCUAAAAUCAACGUGUUUUUGCUGCUUUUAGACACAGAAUUAAGGAGAUGGCCCCAUCAAAGACACGGAAAAGAGCAGCAGAUUCAACGACUGAUGAUGUCAUCAAAGCCAAGUCCAAGCGAGGCCGUCCCAAAGCUUCUAAUGCCUCAGAGUCACAGCCGAAAAGAAAGUUUGAGGCCCAACCCUCCUGCCGUACAGUACAAGGGGUUGUCCUGGCCCUGGGUCAGGGGGACACCGGUCAGUUAGGUCUGGGGGAGGACGUCAUGGAGAGGAAGAAGCCUGGUGUUGUGGCCAUCGAGGACAAAGUCAUAGACGUGUGUGCCGGAGGGAUGCACACUGUCGCACUCACUGUCAAAGGAGAGGUGUGGUCCUGGGGCUGUAAUGACGAGGGAGCUUUGGGAAGAGACACAUCAGAGGAUGGUUCAGAGACUGUCCCCGGAAAGGUAGACCUGAGGGACAAGAUCGCACAGCUGGGUACCGGGGACUCACACACCAUCGCUCUCACUACAGAUGGAAGAGUCUGGUGCUGGGGGACUUUCAGGGACAACAAUGGUCAGUUUGGCUUGACCAGUGACGGCCGGACCCAGCCCAGACCGGUUGAGAUCCCCAUCCCCGCGCGUGUGCUGAAGAUCUCGAGCGGCGUGAGUCACGUGGCCUGUCUAACGGAGGACGGGGACCUGUACACCUUCGGCUGCGGGGAGCAGGGCCAGCUGGGGAGAAUAGCCGAGUGUUUUACGGUCCGAGGGGGCCGCAAGGGACUCAGCCUCCUUGUUGAACCUGCCCUGGUCAGGAUGAAGGGUAAGAGAGGAUCAGGAAAAAGUCACAUGAAGUUUUCGGAUGUGUUCUGUGGAAACCACAACACGUUUGCCAUCUCAGACGACCACGAGGAUGUGUACGCCUUCGGGCUCAACAACUACUACCAAAUGGGGUUGGAUGGAGCCCAGGCGAGAUACGUGCCUGAACAUGUGGACUCCCUGUCAGACAAGAGGUGGGCUCAGAUCGAGGGGGGGCAGCACCACACCGUGGCAUUGUCACAGGAUGGAGAGGUGUAUGUGAUGGGUAGGGGUGAGUAUGGCAGACUGGGACUAGGAGAAGAUAUGGACAAGGAAGUCACCAAACCCACCCAACUCACAACACUCAGUAACAUCUGUGGUGUGGCCACAGGAUCAGCAGUCUCCUUUGCUGUCAGUAAAAAUGGUGAGGCGUAUUCCUGGGGAAUGGGGACCAACCUGCAGCUAGGCCUGAGCGAUGACGAUGAUGUCUGGGUGCCCACAAAAAUGUCUGGGAAACAGCUGGACAGCAGGGAGGUUGUCCUUGUGUCUGGGGGUGGACAGCACACCGUCAUGCUGGCCAGAGACAAGGACAGCAACACAGCAGCUUAGCUAUAGAAUCUUAUGUUGUUGGUAGCCAGGUUUUUAGCUAUGUGGUGUCCAGGGUCUCUAUUAGACACCCUGUACUGAAAUUAAUAAGAAAUUGAACCCCCUACUUUUUGGUAGGACAGUACAAUAUAACAAAAUGGACACCCAACAAAAAAUCCUAGCUAAAAGCCUGUUGGAAGUUAACAUGGUAACAGUUUAGACUUGCUGUCAGACACAAAAUUAUGUGAAUUUUUUAAG